AAUGUCAAAAUGGCUGCUGGGGAAAAAAGGCUCGUUGCUACCAAAGGCAUCAGAGUUCCUCGCCGGGAUUUCCUAAAAGUCAACGUCACAAGCACCUGCGAUGACAUCGUGAGCUACGUGCUGGAGCAGGUCCCACCACCUCAGCCUGGUCUGCCACGGCCUCGCUUCUCCCUCUACCUGUCCUCCCAGCUCCAGUAUGGUGUGGUACUUGUUUACCACAAACAGUGUGCUAUCUUCCUGGAGGACAUUCAGUCUGCUGUGGGCCAGCUGGUGAAACAGAAGACAUCCCAGAAAAUUGAUAUGGAUGACCACAGCAGACAAACUCUGGACUUCCCUGAUGCCCUGUCUCUCCUGGAGGAGACAGAAGGAGCUCCUGACCCUUUGUUUGGAGUGAUGCAGGAUGCCAUGCCCAGCCCCAACACACUGAUACAGGUACAUGCACAAAUGGGUCGAGACUAUCUGAGAGAAACCUCUCCUGAGCAUCCCGAACCGGCCAGACCAGCUGCUGCUGAUGCUGCACUAGAUAGCGGUAGGAUGACUUGA